CGAGUAGCAGCAGCAGCUGCAACAGUAGCAGCAGCAGCUGCUGCAUCGGCAGCGUCCGCUGAGCUGUACAGCGAGGUGUUACUCACAGAGCCGCUGCGAUCGCGAAAUCUCUUUUUUGCCCAUUUCGACAUCCGCCUCAGAUCUCGUUCUCUGGGUCAUAGCCUUUCUGCACUUGAAGAGCAUGCAGACAUGUUUCCCCUAGGCAUCGGACGCCUCCUCAACACACACCAGCUGCUGCUGCAGCCAGAGCACCAGCAGGAGAGCGGCUCAUUGCUGCUGCAGCAGCAAGAGAAGAAUCCUCCCGUAUACCACCAACAAAUACCCCAACAUAAACUGCCUCACGCGUAUUCCUUCUUCGAUUUGUCUUUGAGCCAAGGGAGGUGGAAUGAAGCAGUAUGGGGAGCUCCCACUGCUGCAGUAAAGCCUCCAGGGAUACUUCUACGCACAGGCAUAUCGCAGCACCCUGAUUACAAUCAGCAGAGGCUCUGGGUACAUCUAGUAAACGCGCUAGCAGGACUGACGUGCAGCGGCGUUUCUGUGCUCGCUGGAAUCUCAGAUGCUGCCCUGACUUUGCCCAGUGCAGCAGCCGCAGCAGCAGGAGGAGGAGCAGCGGCCUCUCCUCUGCCUUCUGGAGAAAGCUCGCGAGCGAAGCCUGGAUACAAACAGCGCAUCGCUGCCUUCCCUGAAGCAGCAGUCUGUACAGACACCCACAACAAUCUGAUGCGGCUGCUGCCCUGCAAGCAGCAGUCUGGCCUACUGACGCUGUUACAUCCUUAUGCCCUUGCAGCGUCUCCGUACAAGUCGUACCGCCUUCGCGCUUCGCCUUUCGCCGCGCAGCCUUCUUCGUCUUCUGCUCCUUUUGCUUCAUCUCCUCCGCAGCAGCAGCAGCAAAUAGCAGAGCUGCGGCUCGAGCUAUCGGUAGUGUUGCGCUUUCCCAAUGACGAACCACCCUUGCCUUUUUCUCUGGUGAAUCUUUUUAGCCAAAUUCCCCUGCACGUGUAUCCUAAGACUGGCAGGCCGAAGGAGGACAUGCUAGAACCCCAACAGGAGGAGGUGCUCGCGCUGCAGAAUCCACCAACAUUCGCUCGCUGGAAGUGCACUGCUGUCAAUCACAGCAAAUGGAUGCUAAGAAUCUUCCACACUAGCGACAACACUACAGCGGCCGUGCGAGCGCAGCAGGUAGCCGCAGCCGCAGGUUUUAGUACGUAUGAGGCCUUUUCAACAGGUGCAAAUUCCACCCUCCUCGUCUUAGACUUGCAGCAACAGGAAAAAGAGCAACAGCAACAGCAGCAAGAGCAGAAGCAGGAAAAGGAGCAACAUCAAGAGCAAACGCAGGAGGAAGAGCAUCAAAAACAACAGCAACAGCAGGAGGAGCAGAACGAGCACCAUCGCCUCAAAGAUUGGCUUGGCCAUCGGUGGCGCCUAGCCGAGACACGGGAAAGCCUUCAACUUUCUCGAGGCUUCUCUAUGAAUCCUGAGGCCCCUUACAGUGACAAGCUUUUUGGCUCUUAUUGGGUGGCCUUUGAUAAUUGGGGAGACAGGGCAGCUUCUGUAGGCCUCGUGGAUUUUCUGCCACACGCUACUCGUCCCCUGAUUGCCACCGCUAGGUUCAGUAAGCAUCCUUUAUCUAGAGGCACUCAGUUGAUCGCGCAGCAAGAAGACGAAGGCGAAGAUUGCAUGGGGGUGGGUGCGACUACGUCUUCUGCAUGCGUUUUUCCUGCCGAUGGCGCUUCAGCAUAUACCCGUGGAGUCCAAGUUUUUUCUCCGUGGGCAGCCUCCGCACGGGCGUCUGACCUUGCAGCUGUGGGGGAGUCUGCGUUGGCGACGGACGUUGCUGCUGCGGAGGCGGAGGGCGGCUACGGAGCUUUGGAUCUCUGGUGGAUGCCUUGUUGGCUACGCAUGCGCAGCAGUUUGCUCCCUGCAGCCUUGGCGGCAAAGGAGAAGGAAGCUGCUUCCCUGCUUCUCCCCUCAGCUUCUUUGGAAGGCCGUCUGCACGUGCCUGCGCACUGCAGGGUAGCACUUUCGCUGCCGCUGCGGCUGCUGAUGCAGCAGCCGCAGCUGCUGCAUCCGAAUCCUCAGGGAGGCCUCUCUGUGGGCUCUGCCUUUGCUGCAGUGCCGAGGCGGCGUUCCUUCACAUGGCCACCCCCCGCAGACGUCUUGGGAAGCACUGCGACCUCCUGCUCGACAGCUGCCAGCGUGCCUUGCAGCGUACUCAGCUCUCCAUCCUCCGCUACUACGUCGACAGCCGACAAGGAGAAGCAGCAACAAGUGCUUGAAGCCUUCCUUGGCUUCGAAGAGGAGCUCGAAGAGAGACAGUGGGAAUGGCUGGCUAGUGGGGGUGCAAAACUGAAGGUGCCACUGCCAGACUUUGAUAUGCCGUUCAAUGUGAUUGCCAUAUCCGGCACAGCUCUGAUGAUUUUCUUUGGUGCGGUCUUUAGAAUUGCCGUGCCUAAACCCCAAGCAGCACACACGCUGUGCUCUGCAUGA